CAAAUUAUAAAUGACCUAAUUAUAAUGAUAUAGGUAUAAAGAGCGUAAAACGUUGCCUCAUCAGAACCAGUAUUGCAAGGACAUUCAUACAGAGCAGUUGUGAAUAAAAACCUCUAAAGAAAAAUAAACAAUGGGUUCAACGACAAUAGCGCUGGCCAUUUUCUCCGUUAUCUUCAUGAUAGGCAGCACGGAUGCCGCUACAGGUAGCUGCCCUCUGCCAUCUAAAAUCUACGGCUGCAGCCCAAAAUGUCAGCAGACCUAUGACUGUGGCAAUGGCAAGGUGUGCUGCCCGAACUCCUGCAACGCGAAGUCCUGCGUAGAUCUUGCAGCUGUUGGUGGCGCAAACAAUGGGAAGGACAAGUAUUCUCAGUCUGGUGGGGCUGGCGUGUAUUGCAACAAUCAGAAAUGCAGUCCUUUCGAAGUCUGCAAACUUGAUCCAUCUACCAAGAGAAUGAAGUGCAUGCGUGCUUGAAAUAAAUAAUUAAUUAUUCGUUUAGACUUAAGACAAAUCCAUUUUUAUUAGAA